AUGGAGGCACUUAUACUAUGUCUUCUGAUGCUGAAUGUAUGUUUCGCUCUGGUGGAUGAUCAGCCAUACUGCUCCUUGCGUUAUAGACGGCUGUGCCAAGGAAAGGGACGCCAUGUCGCCUGCCAGUUUCCUUUUCCCGGACCUAGCGAAUCUUGUUCAAACUACACGAAGAUAAAAUUUACUAGCGACUUGAAAAGUUUUAUCACUCACUUCAUCAAUAGGCGUAGACAACGGAUCGCUACUGGUAACGAGAGAGUCCGUGGUGGUGCACUGCUUCCGAAACCAGAAGUCACGAUGUGGGUGGGUUGGGACCGCGAGCUGGCACAUUUGGCACAGCGAUUGGCAGACCAGUGUCGCUUUGUCCACGAUGAUUGUAGAGCCACAGUCCGUUACCCAUACGCCGGUCAAACGGUGGGUGAAGUGCGUUGGCGUCGUUCCAGUGAUUCAGAUGAGUUGAGUGCUCAGCGUGCGAUCCGUCGCGUGUUCGACGCCUGGUGGGGGGAGAGAAGGCGGGUCCAGCCGAAGCAACUAAUCGCACCAUUCAGAUUGACAGCCAAAGGCAGCGUCUGGGGUCACUUCAGUCAACUGGCGGUGUGGACUCUUCGUGCCGUGGGCUGCGGUGCUGUCCGACAUGGGGGCACACACACACGCUUGCUGCUCGUGUGUGACUUCUCACACACCAACAUGCUGGGCGAGAGGACGAUAAAUCCCGGUCCGUUGGCGGCGUGUCCUGCGCAUACGGCGCGAAAAAUGCGCUCAGCUUAUCCUCUCCUUUGUGCUCCGGUUAGACAACAAAGCAUUUCAUCAGACACCGCUUAUGAAGAUACCAACAAUGAGGAAAUAAAUUAUGAUGAGGUACCAAAGCCAGUAACUAAAUACCAAGCACACAAGGAGUCGAGGAACUACAAUAAGCCUGGAUACGAAAUGACGACUGCAGUAAAAACAACGCGUUUCGUCGAUGUAUUGGAACAAGAAUUGGACAGGCCACUCCAGACGAAAAUGCAAGUUAGGAUUUGGCCCACGAGGCCGCCACGCAUUGAAGUGACUUUACGAUAUAAGGACGUGGAAGAAAAGAUGGCGGAUAAGAUUCAGUAUGUGUACAGAUCUGGCAAUCAAGAUGUCGGAACAACUAAGGAUUCUCGUCCACUGAUUUACGAUAGGAUUCACAAGGAGCAGAGUUUACGACAGAAGUGGAAACAGACAAGAUUCAGACCACAACGACCAGGGGCGAAGGCUCUGUUGGAAAAACCAGAAGAGAACGCUGUAAAACAGACGUCAAAACCUUCCCUGAUGAUAGACAAGGAUGACGUAGACCAGCUGUUCCGCGAUACCGGCUUCAAGAUUACCAGAAGGAAGAAUUGA